AUGGAAGGAAAAAAGAAGAAGGCUCCUUCUUCUUCCUCGUUAACCUCUGAGCUUUUUGGUUCCAGAGAUAAUCCUUCUUCUUCUCCGUCUUCCCAUUCUGGGGUCUUCGGAUCGAUUUUCGCUCCUCCUUCUAAGGUUAUGGGAAGAGAAUCUACGCGACAACAAGAGACUGUGACUGGUGGCUGGAACGACAAAACCUCAAAGACUGGUGAUGCUGCUGAUGGAAACAGGGAACAAGAGGAGAAUGAUGGUUCAGUUUAUGAGGAACAGAGAGUGCAGCCUUGUCAUCUGAGUUCUUCAAUCUAUUACGGUGGCCCUGAUGUUUAUUUCCAGCCUCAGAGUUCCAGCAUCCACUCUACGAAGAAGACAGAUGGAUGCGAAGAUGAUUCGGGAAGUGCCUCGAGAGGAAAUUGGUGGCAAGGAUCUCUGUAUUACUAA